GGAAAAGUUCGAAACUUGAUAGCGGAUAUGAACCUGAACUUGACAAAUAUCCCUUGUGUUGGUAUCUAUGAUGAAUUUGAUGGGGUUGAUAUUUCGGAGGACGUCAACGGCACGAGGAGGAUAUCUUCGAACCCGAGGAGGUGAUGGACUGGGUGAUAUCUAAGAAUGAUAACAUCUGAGUGUUGUAUAAUAUAUUUGCAAUUAUAGUACGCGGUCCGCGAGGAAUCCAAUUAUACAGACCCAUAGCUUUGACAUGCGAAUCUUCCGUGGAAAUACACCCGAAUUCACGUGGAAUUCACCUGCCACUGAUCCGAGCUCUGCCAGAAGAGCACGUCUUUAUCUCGCUACCACUAUUUCCAACAAAAUGGGGGCAUUGCAACCGCACUUGUUUUUAGGUCAAUUCAAGGUGAUUAGAUUUUCAGUUCGGAGACCAGACCUCGAGUGCAAAAGACAGCAGCCAAUCUUGCUCCCAAAUAAGCGUUCGAGAACUGCAGAGGGAACCCAGAGGGGAAAAGUCGUCGGCGAGGGACAAGGGAAAGGGCGUGACACCUCACACCGUAGAAAAACCAGAGGACCCCACUGACGUUCUGGUACUCCCCAAACGACGUGCUUCUGAAGAACAUCAAGCUCCGAUCAAGUGAUAUAAAGAAAGAAGUUAGUUGACCUCCGACGGCUGUAUCUCAAACAGUAGACGCUGCCGAAAAUUCCAUUGUCUAAGAAAUCGAUUUAAGCAUCAUCGCGUAUAACGAAAGGUCUGGGCACUUGAACCGCCCAAAUCAGAUUACUCCAAAUCUGCAGCAGAAGAAAGAAUCAACUAUCAGUCACUUUAAUCCCAGAUCACAGGCUACGCUUGGGGGAGGUCCAGUGCGUCGCCGAGCAGGCUUGACCUGCUGCCGUUUACCCGCUUGGUCGAGUGACCUCUUCCAGCUCUGAGAUCGAUUAAGCAGAUAUCGUUUCUAAUCAUUUCGUAAUUGACUUCUCCUUCAGGUUGGGUAAGGUUGAUUAAGGUUGGGUCACUUAGCGUCUGAUGAACUAUCCUGGAGACAGAAGGAAAGAGGAGAGGAGGAGAAACGCUGAGGAGACGUACCUCUGAGGCACUAAGAGUGGGGCAGGAGGCAACGAAAGGUGAAGAGAAUUGGACUAAUCAGGAGGAAGGCUAAACUGGCAGGAUUCCAGAUUAAUUGACCAUACGGGCCGGACUUUAUGCAUAUGCAGGACGAGAUUGUUCUCAUGGAACCGGGUUUGCAAGCGGAAGAGUUGCCGAAAGUUCAAUGGGAAUUAAAGUACGAGGGAAGACAGCCGGCUGGCUGAUGGGAAAUCUGUACUGAGCCAUUCUUCAAUUCUUUGCAGAACUUUGAAAGACGAUGGAUAUCGAUAGAUCAAGAGACAUCAUGGGUCACGGAAUGUUUCGAAUGGGAAUAUGUGUCACAGAUCGCUAGAUCCUCUCUAAACAACCAGUUUAGAUAGAACCUUAUAGUGCCGAGGAGGAAGAUCGAUUCAGACAUAUAUGAUGCUUCUGGAGCAAUCCACAACCAUAGGGAAACCACGUCGUCAACAAAUUGGACAAGGUCUUCACAAUACACGAUUGCCAUGACGCGGCCCGCAAGUGGGUAAGGACAAACCGCAGGGAGCUGACUUCUUCCCGCUGAGUUAUAUACAACUCACUGGACCCAAAUCGGCACGUGGAGACCACUCACCAUUCUAAAUUCAAGCGAUAAGGUGCUCACAUGGGCUACACACCUUAUGGCCACAAUUGCGAUUCCUUCCAGGCAGAACACUCUCUCCUUCAGACAAUGCACAAGGCCCUACGAUGACAAAUCAUGCGAGUUAUUUGAUGUUUGAUGGGACCCAUCAAGUUUCAAUUUACCCGAUGGACCCUAUCUACAGUACAUCGUCUAUGAGUUCUAAUAAGAAUGAGUACAAAUGAGUUCUACGAAUAUGUUAUAAUUUGGUGUUUUUGUAAUGACUUCGACUGCCUGCCAUUGGAGUUUUAACAAACUGGAUAUGCUCUUGCCCGCAAUAUUUCCUGACCCAACCGAAUUUAUCGAAGUAGAUUAAGGGUUGCACUCGCGUUCCAAAAAUAAUCUGCACAAACACACUGAAGAAAUCCAUUUUGGAUCUGGAAACAAUGAUCUGAGAUACAUGGCAAUGUCACUAACAGUACACCUUCCACCUCCAGUAAUCGUGAGUUCUUUCGUCAAACCAUCAAAUUUUUGCUCCGGUAGAUCUACAGCAUCAGACUGUCACAAUGAAGAUUUCUUCACACAUGAAUUGCUACGGACAAGAAACUGAUUGGCGAUGACAUGCACUGUUCGAUAGGCUCCAUCGGGUAAAUUGAAAUUUGAUGGGACCCAUCAAGUAAUUUAUGUUUUAAUGGGGUACCAUCAAUAAAAAAUCUCUAGAUCAUGCCCUUACGCUGGACUAUAGAAAGUCAAUUGAUUUAGUAAAGUGGAGUAAACUUCUGCGUUUGACCAAGGACGUCGACCUGCAUGGGACCAGAUGGCGGCAUCGCUGACGUCCAAGGGAGAAAAGAUGCAGAGAGAGUAUGGGUGAGAUAUUAUUGGAUAGACCUGCAUCGCCAUAAAUCACAGCUUCCCCUUGGGCGAGGUCCGAUGCAGGCACCGAAUCCAUGCUUGUAAAUAACGUCUUUGGGAGGCAGAAACUUCAGCGCAAGAGCGGAAAUUCUUAUGCUUCUCAGCAAUGAUGGAGGCCUGGGUCUCAUCUCUACCUCCAAGCAGAUCAAUGGUGUGCAUUCCAAACUAGUAAAAUUGGCGAUCGUGUAAAGACACCAUCCGGCUCAGCUCUUGCCGUCCGCGGAGAUCUGCCAUUGAUGCAUGGGAAACGGGUCAAACCGAGGCUUAUAUUCUUCGUGUUUCGCGUUCCCACAAAAACAAAAGCAAAGUUUGACGCAGAGAACACACGAAAAAGUAGAACAGUGAAGUCAAUCUGAUAACGAAGACUCGGAUUGCUCAAUGGCGGGUAUCCUUUCACAGUCUUCAACGAUAUUGGUCACUAAUGCUCUCUCCAGACUGCUCUUUAAGAGAAUUGUCUUCUUAACAAUGAAAUUCAGAUGUCACUUCCAGGAGUGGCGGACGCUUUAGAGAGAAAUCCAUCAACAGACAAAAUCGAUGCUGGCUUAGAUUCUUCACAAUCUCGAAGGCGAUAGUACCAAUAUAGCCUGGCUAACCUUGUAAAACACUGCCUUAUCUUGAAUUUCAGGAUUGGAUAUACAGUAUAUCCAAUCCUGAAAUUCAAGAUCAUGUAUAUCAUAUACAGAUUGUCUCCUACACUUGAAAUAAAUAUAUUUUUGCACAUAUUAUAUUGUGCUUUCCAGGUCCACUUCACUAUAUCUCAGCACUGGGAGGGCUGUGAAGAAGAUUGCAGAAGAUAGCAUCUUCGGUUGAUUCUUCGCCUUGGAUACGUCGUGGACUGUAACAUCGGGACUUACUGACCCAAGGUGAUUGCGAAAUCGGAUGAUAUAUAAGGCGGCUGUAAUGGGUUCCUUCUAAGAUCAUUUGAUGCUCCACUUUCCUGCAUAGAAGUGCACCUGAUCACACCUGCAACGACCAACACUCGAGUUCGAUAGCUCACCAGUUCUAAAAAUGAGCCAACAGCAGAACCUGGGAGAUGACGAAGCUGAGAGACUGAAAGCUUUGGAGUUAGUUAUGAUGCUUGCCCUCCCGUUCAGUUUGAAAGCUGCUGUGAAUUUAGGUGUACCCAAAAUUUUGCUGGACGCAGGUUCUGGAGCUGAGCUUACAGCUGAAGACAUUGCGACCAAGCUCUCGGACCGCUGUCCAGAUGCUACAAAUUUGGAUCGCAUCUUGAGAGUCUUGGCAUCGAACAACAUCGUGACAGAGAUUGUAUCGAAGAAUGGCAAUGACUCCGACUGUCCUCAGAGGAGUUAUGGAUCCACUUCAACUCUCAAGUAUUUCACUGAUAACGAAGAUGGAGUUUCGAUAGCUCCAUUUCUUCUUCUGUGUACUGAUCCUGUUUUCGUACCAACCUUUCAAUACCUUCACAUGCCAGUUCUGGAUGAGAAUGUGGAGCCUCACGUUCUUGUUCAUGGGAUGAAAUCCUUCGAGUACGCUGCAACCGAUACUAGAUUUGACAAGCUUUUUAAUAAAGCCAUGCAUGAUCACACACACAUAGAAAUUUCGGCAUUACUAAAGAAGUACAGAGGCUUUGAGACCUUGACCUCAUUAGUAGAUGUGGGAGGUGGGUUGGGUGCUACUUUGGCCAUGAUUCUGUCCAAGUACCCGAAAAUACGCGGAAUCAAUUUCGACCAACCACAUGUUGUAGCCGAAGGGCUGCAAGUGCCAAAUUUGGAACACGUUGGUGGAGACUUCUUUGCCAGUGUGCCUGAAGCCGAUGCUGUAUUCAUGAAGUGGAUUUUGCAUGAUUGGGAUGACGAACGAUGUGUCAAGAUACUGAAAAACGUAUGGAGAGCUUUACCUCCUCAUGGCAAGGUCAUCAACCUCGACUACGUGUUGUCAGACAACUCAGAUCCAUCCCCGGUAACUAAGAUCUCCUUAUGCAUGGAUAUCUCAAUGAUGGCAAUCAACUCAAAUGGAAGGGAACGUACACUGUCCCAGUUCAAGAGGCUUGCAGCUGAUGCGGGAUUCAAAAGAGUUGAACUUGUUGCACAAACAGAUAAUCUGUCACUUCUGGAAUUUUACAAGAAUUGAUUAUCGCCAUUUGAAUCCGGACUUUAUUCAUUAUAAAAUUCUUCUUAGCCAUAAACCAACUCUGUGCUAUUGCUGAUAUGGACAUUACCCACUUGUAAAAGCUGCCACUGUAAACUUCCGUAGUUUUAAUUAUUGCAAGUACAGCUGGUAGCAAGUUAACAGACCUCGUACUGAGGUCUCGGGUAGCGACUCUGAUCUUUAGCAAUGUGGCUGUUCUAAUCAGUUUAACUUUCAAGAAAAUACAGCUUAAAUUCCUGG